AGGGGAGCAAAGCAAAAGAAAGAAAGAAAAAAAACUUUCAACAAAUCUCUCUCUUUUUCUCUCUUUCUAACUGAGAAACGAACAGACAAAGCCCAUAUUGCCUCCUUCCCUAUAAAAUAAUUCAAAUCUUUUUCUCUUCUUCUCACAUAUCAGAGCUACAAAAAAGAUGAAGAAGAAGAAAGCCACCCGAGACUGCAUUGUAGUAUUAUUGGGAUACUGAAAACCCUUUUUCUGUUUCUUUCCCUUUACUAGCAGAUAAUGAAAGUUGGAGUUUUAGUUGCCCAGAAGAAAACCUUUAAUUUCCAUGGCUUUAGAAGCGCUGUCUACUAAUGAGCUCUUUAACCUUAUAAUCUACGAUACUUUUUCGGCGACCCCUUUGUCUCACAACGACGCUUCUGAAACUACCAAUCUUGCGGCGGCGGUGGGCCCCAAGCCAGCUCCUCAAGACCUCGGCGGCGGUUUAGAGGGCUGUUCUUCCAUGCCGGCGUGGCGGCGCCGCCAUUCCGUUGGGGGAGAGAUGAUAACCCCACAGUCCCGGCCGCAGCAAAACUUGGCGGUGCAAGGCGGCGGCCGGAAAAAGCGGCGGAGACGGCCCAAGAUUUGCAAGAACAAGGAGGAGGCUGAGACCCAGAGGAUAACUCACAUUGCCGUCGAGAGAAACCGCCGCAAACAGAUGAAUGAACACCUCGCCGUGCUCCGCUCCCUCAUGCCGGAAUCUUAUGUUCAAAGGGGUGACCAAGCCUCAAUAGUUGGGGGCGCCAUAGAGUUUGUGAAGGAGCUGGAACACCUCUUGCAAUCCCUAGAAGCUCGCAAGUUCCAACUGCUACACGGCGGCGGAGGCGACGGCGGAGGAGGAGCGACGACCACCGCCGACUGCGGCGGCGGCGGCGAGUUCCUCGCAAACCCAUUCUCGCAGUUUUUCUCGUACCCACAAUACACAUGUUCGCCGCAGCUCCCCAACAAGUACAUCUCGAAGAGCAAGGCCGCUAUUGCGGACAUAGAAGUUACCUUAAUCGAAACGCAUGCAAAUAUUCGAAUUUUGUCGAUGAGAAGAGUCCGGCAACUUUCUAAGAUAGUGGCUACCUUUCAGAAUAUGUGCCUUUCUACGCUUCACUUGAACGUCACCACUUUAGACUCUUUGAUUCUCUAUUCAAUUAGCGCUAAGGUGGAAGAAGGUUGCCAGUUGAACAGUGCUGACGAGAUAGCAGGAGCAGUUCACCACAUGCUCAGAAUAAUAGAGGAGGAAGAUACCCUAAGUACUUGCCAAGCUGUGUAGGCCAUAGCCCAUUAUCUCUUUGUUCCAAUGUUUAAUGUAGUUCCAAUCUAUGAAUAUGAAUCAACCUCUGUCUGUACCAUGGUUGCUUAGAUUUCUUAUCCUUGUAAGUACAAAAAAAAGGGCUAGUUUUUGUUAAUGCUACAAUUAUAUAUUAGCGUCUU